AUGACUUUCGACGAUUUCUUGCGGGCGUCUGUGAAGGGGAACCGUUUCUUCUAUUGUCUCGCGGUGUUCAUCGCCCUUGCACGUGUGAUCGUGAACAUGGCGGUGAUCUUGACUCCGCGUCCUGGGCGUUCGGUUUUCUAUGGUGACCAUUGGCCCAUAGUAUUGCAGAUGACAGAUGGCUUCCUGCGACCAGUGCUGGGUGGGCUGAGCUUGCUGCUCUUCUUUUACCGCUUCAAUUGGAGGUCGUGGCUGCAACGGAGCAGUCUUGCCGGAUGCUGCCUGACGGCAUUUAUUUCGCUUGGCUUGGAGUUUGGAGCCUUCGUCAUGAACGAGGAGUUGGCGCGGCAGGAGUUCGACUUCGACAGCGGCGAGCUGGUGGGUUCCUUAUGGAGCACGAGGAUUGGCCUGGCUUUGGUCACAGGUGUGAAGCUGCUAGCCUUAGGUUGGCCAAAGACGGCGUUCAUCGGCGGCAUAACUUACCUGAUCUGGAUGGGCUCUCAGUAUAACGACGACGACGAGACUCGGACCGCCUCCCCCGCAUUCGUCUGGGGUGUCCUUGUCGCCGUCACCGCAGCCAACGCCGGCGCCCUCUGCUACGAAGCUGAAUCGAAACAACAAAUGCUGCGUGACAAGGAGGCGAGGAGGCUGAACAGAGAGGCAGGUGCGAAGAAGGAGAAGGAGUUGAAAGAUGACCAGUUCAUGAGACACGUUGCACGAAAUGUGUUCUUCUUGCGUCUAGGGGCAGGCCUCACAGUGUGGGAUGCGGGCUAUCUUCCAUUGGUGAAAGUGUUUGGGCAUCAGCUCGGCCUGGUCCCGGCCUUUCUCCUCACAUUUGACAACCUCUUCGUGUUUCUAUCGCUCCUGGUCCUCGGUGGCAUCGUAGGCCGGAGAGGUACGUUAGAUCCAGAGGAGGUGCUAGCAGAGUUGGAGCACAUGGCCAGGACCAAUGGACAGCGGAUCGCCUUUCCCGGAAGGGUGAACAGCCACUCACGGCACUGCAUUGUCAGUUUUCCUGGUAGAUACGCAGAGGAAUGGGAUGCCGCUGUGCGGAAGGUGGAGUUGCAGCGCGGAGCAUGCAGCCUGGCUUGCGUCUUCCUGACCGAUGAGACGUCUGGCUUGGGUGGCCACGAGCAAAACCCAGAGCAUCCCGGCGAUUGCUGGUGCAGGGCCCUGUAUGGCCGGGUGAAUGCAGCCGCUUACAUCAGCAUAGUGGAAGACCCUUCGUCCAUGACUGAGGAUGAACUUCGGUUCAAGGAAAUGGAUGCGAAGGCUAUGGGCCAAGAAUUCCUCAGAAGGGGAAGCCAAAGUGACGCUGAAUGGGAGAGAGAGAAAGAAAAUGCAGAGGCCAAGGCACAGGAGAAGUGCGACAAGAACCGGGGCCUUGCCCCUUGGGGCUGCUGUUGGUUCCAUAGCUGGAAGAAGAACGUGGAUGAUGCGGUUGCACUUGGUCAGACUCUGCACGUCUUCUAUUUCGAAGGCAAGCUGGGUCGUGGAAAACUGCAGUGGAAUGAGCUCUCACGCGAGACUUCUGUAGCACAGGCCCGCAAGGACAGCGGCCUUGGUGCGUCCCAAACAGCCGAAGUAGCCUACCUGCAAAAAUGUGGAUACCAAUUUGCAGAGCACGAUGUUGUAGACUUCUACAAUUUUAUGGCAGCGCACAGAGACGAAGAAUGA